AUGACCCUCCUCAUAACCCGCACAUCCGCCAUCCUCGGCGUCGGCCUCGGUCUCGGCCUCUCCCUAUCUCCCUCCUCCCCAUUCCGCUCCACCCCGAUGCAAUGCCAAUACACAGCACCGUAUCCGCGGACCACAGCGUCCGCCGAAUCCGGCUGGGCCAUUGACUCCCAGGACCCUCUCCUGCAGAAGCAAGGCACCACGGGCCCGGCCAGCGGCAUCUUCACGGCGUCCAAUAUGCGUCAGGUCAGCUUGGGGAGCGUGCUGGGUCUCGUGGCGGGGGUUGGAUUGCGGGCGUUUUCGAAGGCCCUAGUGGUGUUGUUGGGUAUGGGUGUUGUUGUGGUUGAGUGGGCCGCUGCGAAGGGGUACAAUAUUCUCCCCCUGCAGAAGAUGCAGAAAUAUGUGAAGGGAGUGGAUUUGCAGAAGGCAGUGUCCAAGCAGAUUCCGUUCAAGUUGAGCUUCGGGGCGACGAUGGCGCUGGCGGCGUUUGCGCAGUUUUGA